CCAAAUCAAAUGAAAACUUGCUGAAAGUGUAGAAGAAACUACUGCACGAGUGCCUUGAAUACUGUUGUUUGCUUUUCUGGCCUAAUCAUUUUAGUGCAGAAGUGUGAUUAACCUACCAUAUUGUAAAGAUUGUGGCUGAAAACCAGACCAUGGCUUCUCCAACCCAACUGAGGCUGGCAGUCCCUGGAAAUCUAAAAGUCAUCCCCAGCAGUGUGUUCAUGAAGGAUAAUGGAAGAGAAAUUAAGUUAUACUACAGUCGCGGCCUGCAGCGUGGUGCUUUGGUUAUUUUCAGCUUCUCAGAGUUCACAACGGGGGAGGAACGCAGGGAAAUUGAUUCUGACAUUUCAAUGUUAAAGGAUCUGUUCAAACAAAUUGGUUUUAGCUAUAUCCUACAUUGUGAAAAUCACUCUAAAGAGGAAACAAUGGAUAUUCUGAAGAAGCUUAGGCUAGAAGGGUAUGACUGUGUAUUCUUCGUGGUCUCCUCACACGGAUAUGGCAGGGAUGGCAUGUGGGACACUGAGAUUCGCUGCACAAAUGGUGGCCUAAUUUCCACACAUGAGAUAGUCAAUCUUUUCAUUGGAGAAAACUACCCAGAGCUAAUAGAAAUCCCUAAAGUGUUCAUCUUUCAGAUGUGUCGAGGUAAAAAGCUGCUGCCGAACCUGCAAGGUGCUCUAACAGAUAUUUCGAAUUGUACUCAACGAGUAAACCGCCAAAAUAGCAUCCGCGGCAGUAGCUACUCGGACAUACUCAUCGCGUACUCAACAUUGCCAGGGUUCGUGUCCCCCCUCCACCGCGGUAACAGCAAACUGUCCUGGUUCAUACAGGCGUUAUGCUCCGUCUUCGCUGCGCACGCGCACAACCACCACGUCAUCGACCUCUUCCGGCUGGUCGUCGACGCGAUGAAGCAGCUCUGCCCCGCUGCGGUGCCCACGCUGGAAAUAGUGGACUUCAAGAAGGACCUUUACCUGCACCCUGGCUUGGCUGAAGACGAGUUUGGCAAUAUUUACAGACUACCAACGCUGUACCAAGAACUCGUCUUGACCUUCGGAAGAGACUUCAGGUGGUACACACUUGUGUGCACGGUUCUACGCCUGUACAAAUUGUAUCUGCUCCACGGUCGUGAAUGAAAUCACUAAUCGACCAAAGACUGUCCUAACAAAGACUGCCAAAUACUUACACAUACAUUAAAAAGUGGCAACACUGGUGUCGUCCCUUUCAAAUCAAUUUGUAUACACAUUUGUUCACAUUGUAUGGUCGCAACUAGGGGCCGAUUUUUGAAUCUCACGGCGUUCGAAUUCAGAAAAUUGUCACUGAAAAUAGUAGGCAAUUCACCGUUUUCAACCGGUAUUUUAGUGACAGUGAGACUCAAAAAUCGGCCCCCUGGCUUAAAACGAAAAAUGUCCUGGGCACCAGGUAGGUUAGGUUCGUUAGGUGUCUUCAGACUUCACAGAAUAGUGAUAUCGCGUAAAAGUUAAGAUAAACGGAAAAAAUAUUGUGGAUACUGCGUUUUUGACCAGUUGCUACUAACAAUAACCCUGUUGAGGACGAUUUUAAAAUGUUGCCACUUUAAAUUUAUAGGUACAAUUUAUUUUUGGACUGUAUAGUAUGAAUUUUCUGAGAUGCACUUUUCGGUUUUGCCCUAAUCUG